CCCUGGACUACAAGCGCUACCUCAAGGAGCACAACGAGCGACAGUUCUUCCUGGAACUGGUCAAGGACAUCUCCAAUGACCUGGACCUCACCAGCCUCAGCUACAAGAUCCUCAUCUUCGUCUGCCUCAUGGUGGACGCCGACCGGGGAUCCCUCUUCCUCGUGGAGGGGACCUCCGCCGGCAAGAAGACCCUGGUGUCCAAGUUCUUCGACGUGCACGCCGGCACCCCGCUGCUGCCCUGCGGCUCCACCGAGGACAGCAACGAGGUGCAGGUGCCCUGGGGCAAGGGCAUCAUCGGCUACGUGGCGGAGCACGGCGAGACGGUCAACAUUCCCGACGCCUACCAGGAUCGACGCUUUAAUGAUGAGAUUGACAAACUGACUGGAUACAAGACAAAGUCACUCUUGUGCAUGCCCAUAAGAAACAGUGAUGGAGAGAUUAUUGGUGUUGCCCAAGCAAUAAAUAAGACUCCAGGAGGUGCCCCUUUUUCUGAUGAUGAUGAAAAGGUGAUGCAGAUGUACCUCCCCUUCUGUGGGAUUGCCAUAUCCAAUGCCCAGCUGUUUGCAGCUUCAAGGAAGGAAUAUGACAGAAGCAGGGCUUUACUGGAAGUAGUGAAUGACCUCUUUGAGGAACAGACUGACUUAGAGAAAAUUGUCAAGAAAAUUAUGCAUCGGGCCCAGACCCUCCUGAAGUGUGAGCGGUGCUCAGUGUUACUUCUGGAAGACAUUGAAUCACCAGUGGUGAAAUUUACAAAAUCUUUCGAAUUGUUAUCUCCAAAAUGCAGUGCUGAUACUGACAACAGUUUCAAAGACAGUGUGGAAAAAUCGUCCUAUUCAGACUGGCUAAUAAACAACAGCAUUGCUGAACUCGUCGCUUCCACAGGUCUCCCAGUGAACAUCAGUGAUGCCUAUCAGGACCCCCGCUUUGAUGCUGAGGCUGACCAAAUUUCUGGCUUUCACAUAAGAUCUGUUCUUUGUGUUCCAAUAUGGAACAGCACCCACCAAAUAAUUGGGGUAGCUCAAGUGUUGAACAGGCUUGAUGGGAAAUCCUUUGACGACGCUGACCAGCGACUGUUUGAAGCUUUUGUUAUUUUUUGUGGCCUGGGUAUCAACAACACAAUUAUGUAUGACCAAGUGAAGAAAUCCUGGGCAAAACAGUCUGUGGCUCUUGACGUGUUGUCUUAUCACGCAACAUGUUCGAAGGCAGAAGUUGAUAAAUUCAAGGCAGCAAACAUCCCUCUGGUGUCAGAGCUUGGCAUUGAUGACAUCCAUUUUGAUGACUUCUCGCUCGAUGUGGAUGCCAUGAUUACUGCAGCCCUGCGGAUGUUCAUGGAACUUGGAAUGGUUCAGAAAUUUAAAAUUGACUACGAGACGCUGUGUAGGUGGCUUCUGACGGUGCGGAAGAACUAUCGAAUGGUCCUGUAUCACAACUGGAGGCACGCUUUCAACGUCUGCCAGCUGAUGUUUGCCAUGCUCACUACUGCAGGAUUUCAGGAGAUUCUAACUGAAAUUGAAAUUUUAGCUUUGAUUGUGGGAUGCUUGUGUCACGACCUUGACCACAGGGGAACCAACAAUGCCUUCCAAGCCAAGAGUGGAUCAGCCUUAGCUCAGCUCUACGGCACCUCUGCUACCUUGGAGCACCACCAUUUCAAUCAUGCUGUCAUGAUUCUCCAAAGUGAGGGUCACAACAUCUUUGCUAACUUGUCCUCUAAGGACUACAGUGACCUUAUGCAGCUUCUAAAGCAAUCGAUAUUGGCAACAGACCUCACUCUGUAUUUUGAGAGAAGGACCGAGUUUUUUGAGCUUGUCAGUAAAGGUGGUUAUGACUGGAAUAUAAAAAACCACCGAGAAGUAUUUCGAUCAAUGCUAAUGACAGCCUGUGACCUUGGAGCUGUGACCAAACCGUGGGAGAUUUCAAGACAGGCUGCUGAGCUGGUAACCAGUGAGUUCUUUGAACAAGGAGACAGAGAAAGAUCUGAACUCAAACUCACCCCUUCAGCCAUUUUUGAUCGGAACAGGAAGCAUGAACUACCCAGGUUGCAGCUUGAGUGGAUUGAUAGCAUCUGCAUGCCAUUGUAUGAGUGUCUAGUGAAGCUGAAUGUGAAACUGAAGCCUAUGCUGGACUCCGUGGCAGUAAAUAGAGCACAGUUUGCUUUUCCUGGAAGGCUUAGUGGGACUGAACGGAAGCCUGCAGUGGGAUUGCGCUGGGGUCUGGAGCGACACGCAACACCAAACAGAAGAAGCGUUCACUCAGCUCCACCACUUUCAACUGCUGCUGUAAAAAUCUGUAAAGCUGACAACAGACUGAAAUAUAAGAACUCACAGCUUAAUAAAAUUAAUAAUACAGAGCCAGGACUGGGAUGCAAGCUGGCCAAUUCAUAUGCAAGGAGCUGCAGAAAACAGAAUAGUGUGUAAUUACAUUGUUGUUUUGCAUCUCUUCAGUACAUGUUAUGAAUCAAUUAUGCCUGCUUUUGUGAUGUUCCUCUCUUACUCUCCCUCCUCUUUUAUGCCUGAAUGUUCUGAAAAGCCUGCUUUGUAUUCUGAAGAAGUAUUUUUUUACAACAAAGCUUCUUAGUGAUUGAUCAGGGCCUUUAGAAUUGCCUACCUUUGCUACACUUAAAAACAAACUUUAUUAUCUUUAAAAACACCGAGCUGUCCCUUCUUCCCUGAGAAAUUCAUAUUAACACUGCAGCAAAUUUUUCAGCAAGAGAAGUUUGCAUAAAGGCAAAAUAUUGCAUGGUAAUUUUAGAGUGGUUUUUUUUUUCUUUUCAAAAAUGCUCUUAUAACACAUUCUUUUUUUUUAAUUAUAGUGUUGCCUAAGGAAAAGAUAAAUGGGUUUUUUUUUUUUAAUAGAAUAAAAAUAAAAAAGGAAAUCUGUUGCUUUGUGCUUCAGGUUUAUAUUACAUUGAAAAGCAGAACAUGGAUAAGCCUUUCUAGUAUAAUUUCCAGUAGAAAUUAGUAUUUUGAAAUGGUAGAGAUGUAGAAUAUCAUCACACUGGACCACCCCUCUCUUGCAGUUCUUUCAGUACAAUUUCAAAUGCUAUUACUACAGCUAGCACAGCACUAGUCAAGGCUCACAUGUUGACACCCAUGGUAAAGGUGUCCCUAAAAAUCUAAUCAAAUACGAUAGAUCACAAAACCAAACGUCUCUCUGUGAUGACUCUAGUAUUACCUGAAAGUUGGUCUCCUUCCAUUAGUGCCAAGAUCACUAAUGCAGCAAACCUGUGAUCUGUGAUUUGAGGGUGUUUUCUCUGCUGCAUGACCAGGCACAAGAGGAGUCAUGUUGCAGUGCUUAUGAGUGCCCAUUCAUAGUGCAAAAAAAAAAAGCCUUUGUACUUCAUGAAAAAUGGGAUUCUAAAUAUAGGGUUGUCUGGCAGCAGAAAUUAAAGCUGAAUUCAGCUUAGUUUUACACCUGUGCCAAACUCCAUUUACUUAAGUGGAAUUAUCUUGAACUCACAGCAGCUUAAUGGAAAUCAGAACCUGGCCCAGCUGACCAGAUGCUAAAAGAGCUUUUCUCCUUUCUAAGGAAACUGAGUUGUUAUAGCCUUAGAAAAGCUGACUACAUCAAACAGAAACAACAGAUCUGCUGAUCCUUUCUUUAAAAGAAACACAACGAACUAAAAAUGCUCUGUGCUUCUAAUGGUGUGUAGGACAAUAGCUAGAAAUUCAGUAGCAUUGUGAACCAAUCUGUUAGGGCACAACUAAACCACAUCACUGUCUAGCAGAAGGAAGCAGGGAAAGAGCAGAAAUGCAAACUGCACAGCAGUGAGUACAUACACCAAAUGGAACUGUUUCUGUGUUCUUUUACCACUUCUUUCUUCUCUGAAUAAAGCCAGAGCAGUUUAGUAAGCAGCAAGCCAUACAAACCUGCAACACGUACUUUAUGGGAAAAACAGCUACUAGGAACCAACAGAACUGCUGGCAGGUACACACAGCUUUCCUAAAUUUUGAUAUGGCAUACUGCUAAGUGUAACUUAAUUUAUAAUGCAUACCCUGUGGCCUCCCCGAAGGUUGAGUCUCCCCUCAUUUCCUCUCCUUUUAUUGGCUUCAGUGCACUGUUGCCCAUGGCAACACCCACUGCCAGGGAUGGGGACUCGCAGCACCGCAGCCUGACACACAGCUGAAGCCCUAACAAUGUCAACCAUCAAUCAAGUGACUGUUUGUAAUUGCCUCCAUCUAUUUCUCCUGUCUUUUGGUAUCUUUGCCAUUGUGGGUCAAAAUUCAGAAACUGCUGACUAAUGUUAUGGUUCUGUGCCUCCAUCACAAGGAAGAAAAUGAGAGCACACGGCUUGAUCUUAUCAGAUUGUUCUCAGGAAAAAUGAAGCAACCCUACUGAAACUGGGGGGCCCAGCAGUGCAUCUCAGAACAGCAUUCAGUCUCUGAAAGUCAUCUAGCUCAAUCUUAAAAAAACCAACCAACUAAACAAACAAAAACCUUAUCUCCUUUUUUAAGACUUAGCUUAGGAAACAGCAAAAAACCAAAAAAAAAAAGUGAGAAAAAGAUGAUUCUUUGUUGAAGCAUGUAGUAUAUUAAAGAAACAUAUUUCAAGUCUAUUAUAAGAUUAGUGGAAACAUUUUUUAGCUACUUCUUAUAAACUUGAUGAUCAGAAAUUGUAUCUGCUUUUUAUUAUUUCUGAUAGGGAAACACUUUCCCAGUAUUUCAGUCAGUUCUGCCAAACUCUCUGAAAUAUGCACAAGAGACGCGAUUGUGUAGGUUAUUUAAUCUCAUUCUCUGUCUUUUACUUGCUUACCUGCCUGCUGAACAAGGAGAGAUUAAAAAAAAAAAAACCCAAAACAUUGAAAUCAGCCUAAUUCUGUGAAUGCACAUAAAACACGGGUCCACAAGAGGCAAGGACAAACCAGGAGAGCUUGUGGAGAACAUAGCUGUUAGCCAGGACAGGGCUGCUUGGCCUUUCCCUUGAGAUGCCCAGCACAUCAGCAAAAGAAAAAUCACCAUUUCUUUGUCCCAGCUGUAAGUGGAAAUCCAGCCAUGAAUGAGGCCUCUAGCAUUUACAAUUUCAGUGCUGAAAUGUGAUGGGCACAUGGAUUGUCCAGCGAACACCCAGAGGUGCUUAAGGUUGGUUGUGGCAAUGCCCUUUUUUCUAGGUGCCCCACUGACUCCUCCCAACUGCUGCCUGAAUUCAGUCAGGUUUCUAGGCCAUGAACUACAGGCCUUAAAGUCUCACAAGAGCCAGGCAGCAGCCUUGGUUUUGUCACCAGAAAAUGCUCAUAUCUUCAUCCCCAUCCUCAAAGGUAGUUCAGGCCAAAUGGUAAUUUUGCUUAGGAUUCCCACCUGUGAAACUACUUACCAAAAUCACCCUUUCCUCACAAAAAAAUGAAACCCAAAUAAAACAAUCAUUUAAAAAAACCUACCAUAAAUGUUCUACCAUUGCAAAAGCUAAUCAGGAAUUAACUAGACAAUCAAAUCCUGCUUGAUUUUGAGCAGGCUUCUGAACUGCAGGUGCAUCUGCCCCACCAGCUGGUGGUGAGUAACAAGGGUGGGCUUGUCUCCUGCCUUCUGCCAAAGCCUUUCAUGUGCUCAGCAAGGAGACAAGGAUGCCCACUGGGCACAGCCCCAGUUUUGGCUUCACUCCUGAGGGGGCCAUGGGCCAGACAGGCUUUGGUGGAAGAGCUCAGGUCUUGUAUGUGCACUCCCUUGGACUAAAGUGCUCCCCUGCAACACGACAAUGUGACCCCACCAGAAAACUGAACACUCUUUGAGGCAAGGAGCACCUGGGGUAGAGGCUCCCCAGUGGUUCACACAGAAGAACCUCCCAAGAACAAGAUGUCCAAAAGGUGUCUUUGGCCAUAAGUUGAGUGGUGCAACCAGCCUGGACCUACAGACAAAUCAGAACAGCUUCACAAUGUGAUGGAGAUGCAGACUCUGCUUGUCAGGACGUGGUUUUGCUCCUGCUCCGAAGCAGAGCCGCACCAGGUCAGCAGCAGUCACUCACUGGGGUUUAAAGUGGCAGCCUCAUGUGGCAGGCAGGCACAGAACUCCCCACACAGCUCUGUCUCAGCCAGCCCUUAGGACAUGCAGGGCCAGGGGUCUUGCCAAGAAGGUCAUUGUGUGUUUUGUAACCACAGUGUACACAGGUAUGUUUCUAGCUCAGGUAUCUCUUCAGAUGGUGUCCUUGGUACAGCAGCUGCAUUUCUCUGGUCUGGUGACUUUGCUAAUUGCACCUUCUUAGAGAGCACUGCAAUCUCAUAAUGUGCCUGUAGUUACCAGCAAAGCCAAUACUAGUACUCACAAAUUGUUUUUGAAAACUGCAACCAGCAGUGCCUAAUGUGAUUUGUGAUGUUUAGAUUAAUUCAUUCUCAUGGAAAAACAGGAGUGUUUCAGUCUACAGGCCAAAUACUUAUUUUCCCUUUAUAAAAUCAAACCAGUUUUAGUUCCUGAUAAGUCAUUUGUGCAUUGUGUGAAAGUUUAAAACAGGUUUAUUUCAAAGAUACAUAAAACAUACUAACAGGUGCUUCAAUGCCUAGAGUGUUAUGGGCAAGAAAGAGAGAACAAGAAGGUUUUUUUAAUGGCUGUUUCAAAGGAAGAGUUUUCAAAGAGUAAAAUCAUGGGAAUGGUUUCUAACAUAGCAAUGAAGUGAGAUGUAUGAGAUGCCCCAGAGAUUCCUGUUGCCGGUCGCUGGAAUGUACCACUGUUGGAAUACAUCCUAUAUAUUGCUUGUUACCUUUUCUUUCUUGGAUUACUUUGUAUUUAAUUAUGAAUUCUUAAGCAUGUAGGCCAUUACAUCCUACAGUUUUGUGGGGAAUACGCCUGUGGGAGACAGCUGACAAAUGCACAGAAAUACCAUGUGUCUGUUCUAAGGCAAGUGAAUCCCAGAUACUUGCAAAAUGUGUAACUUAAAAGAUUUCUGCAUCAGUUUUCUUUUUUUUUUUUUUUUAAUCUUAAAACUGUUACUGUUUUGCUAAGUAGAUCAAACUAGGCUGAUUCAGCUUUCAAAGCAUGCUUUUGAAAUUAGCAGCUUGGGUUUACUUAGGCUUUAAA